AUGGAUUCACCAGCCUCGAUGGUUCUACUGUUGAUACUUGCUGUUACAUCGAGCAGUGAGCAGACCAUGGACAACACCUUCUUUCAAACGCUGUUUGAUGAAAUGAGCGUCCUGUUUAACAAUGGUACACCCCGCAUUCCGGACACGACCGUGUUUCGGAAGGAGUACGAUUUCAUCAUCAUUGGUGCUGGGUCGGGUGGGUCCGUCAUGGCGAACCGACUGUCGGAAAUGCGGGACUGGAAUGUGCUGCUGCUUGAGGCGGGCAAGGAGGGCAACAUGCUGACGGAGGUACCGCUGACUGCGGGUCUUACAAGUAUUACAGGUUACAAUUGGGGCUACAAAGCAGACCCAAUGAAGGGUGCCUGCUUGGGACUGAAGGGUGGCGUGUGCAAUUGGCCCAAAGGUCGCGGUCUCGGUGGUACGAGUCUGAUAAACUUCCUGAUCUACACAAGGGGCCAUCGGAAGGAUUACGACGGUUGGGAGCAGGCAGGCAAUCCGGGUUGGGGCUUUCGUGAGGUGCUGGAAUACUUCAAAAAGUCGGAACGUGUACAAAUACCCGAACUUCGGCACUCACCCUACCGCUCCACGGCUGGUCCAGUUGAUGUGGAAGAGUCAUCGUUCGAAACACCUCUACUGAAACGCUUUAUCGAAGCUGGUCGCGAGCUGGGCUACAUGGAGACGGAUCCUAACGGUGAGAUUCAGCUCGGGUUUGGCAAGGCUCAAGCCACAAUGCGCAGAGGGCGUCGAUGUAGUGCGGCGAAAGCAUACCUUACACCGGCCGCUCGGCGACCAAAUUUGGACAUUUCCAUGUUCUCGCGCGUGACCAAAAUACUGAUCGAUCCGGUAACGAAGCUAGCGUACGGCGUGGAGUUCAUGAAGCGCAAACGACGAUACGUGAUCCGUGCACGAAAGGAAGUGAUCCUAGCGGCCGGUGCGAUUGCCUCUCCCCAGCUGCUGAUGCUGUCCGGAGUGGGACCAAAAGAUCAUUUGAAUGAGAUUGGAGUCCCGGUGGUGCAAGAUCUUCCGGUGGGGUAUAACUUACAGGAUCAUCUGAAUCUGCCCGGUCUAGUCUUUCCAGUCAAUCAACCGGUGACAGUACGGGAGCGUGACAUGCGUUCGCCACGGUUCAUUCUAGACUACAUGCUGUACGGACGUGGUCCAUUCACAUCUCCCGGUGGUGCGGAAGGUGUCGCUUUCGUCAAGACAAAUACCAGCUUUACACCUUCAGACUACCCGGACAUUGAGCUGGUGAUGGGUACGGGUGCGUACAAUAACGAUGAAUCCGGAUCGUUACGUGCCACGAUCGGUAUAACGGACGAGUUCUAUCGCAACACGUACGGUUCGAUCCUUGGAAAGCACGCGUUUUCCGUGUCUCCGAUCCUGAUGCGGCCCAAAAGCCGUGGACGUAUCCUGCUUAAAAGUGCUAACCCGUUCCAUUGGCCCCGGAUGGAGGGUAACUUUUACGCUGACUAUGACGAUCUGGUGGUGCUGCGGGAAGGUGUCAAGCUGACGGUGGAUCUGAUCGAAUCGCGCAGCUUCCGUGGUAUUGGGGCACGGUUGCACAGUACACCGUUCUAUGGCUGUGAGCAGCACCGGUUCCGGAGCGACGAGUAUUGGGAGUGUGCCAUCAGAACCGUCGGUAGCACGUUACAGCAUCAGUGUGGUACGUGUAAGAUGGGUCCUGCGACCGAUCCGGAAGCAGUGGUUAAUGCCCAGCUGCAGGUGUACGGUAUACAGGGUUUGCGUGUUGUCGAUGCUUCGAUCAUACCCACCAUCCCGGCAUCACACACGAAUGCAGUGGUGUUCAUGAUCGGAGAGAAAGCAGCCGACAUGGUGAAAGAGUUCUGGGCCAACGAAAUUCGCUAAACACAUCCCGCUGC